CCACGGUUUAUUCAGCAUUCUUUUUUCUCUCCGCACCUGAAUCAGCCAUUCGUAGCCGUCAGGAGAGGGCUGUUUCGGGGGGGAGGUAUAGUUGCAGCGCACAGUGUCCCACAUUAAGCCAGCCCGCGAGUGGCCCGCCGUUGUACUGCUACCGAGAGAAGUGAGAAGUAUAAACUAUCUGUUGCGCACAUAGUGUCACUUCACUAACCCAAUGGACAAGGAGCAAGAAGCUGCAAUGGCUCACCUCGACUACGCUACUGGAGAGAUGUCCAGAAGCGCAACUUUGACGCGCGAUCUCCUGCCGCCACCGGCCUACAAGCGGCCCAUGUCAGACAAGCUGAAAAUGAGCGUGGUCCUCGCCAGCGCACUGGUCGCCAUCAGCGUCGUUAUCGGGAUUGUAAUUGUGCUCAGUGUUCACAUCAGGAGCCAGAACUGUGCAUGUCAAGAUGGUAACAAACUAGAAGCUGUUGACCUACCUGCUCUGGGAAGCAACACCGUUCCAUCCAAGAUCCCAAUUCCCAUGAAACUGCAAAUGGACCCUUUGGCUGGGCAAAUGCUAAGGAAGAACCAACGGGCCCAAGUGAGUUGCGUAGUUGAGAAGAAACGUGCCAGCGAAGUUAUUGCACACGAACCAAAAAUGAUCAUGACACCUUUCGGCAAUAUGACGUCUGAACCCCGCAUGGUGCAUCUUUCUGGUGAGAGGAUGAUCUUUUCUUGUCUAACAGGACCUCGAGAUGAGACUUCGAAAAACAUUCGAGGCAUCAGUCGCAACAAGCGUGGUAUCGCAUCCGAAGAAAAAGACUGUGCAUGCGACUGUAAUUGUUGAAUGAAGCAGAUAGAAAAACAGUGGUGUCGGGAAAGGAUCACGACAGAUGUUGCAAAUAAAAAAUCAAGUAGUGUGUUACAGA